AUGAAGGUGGAAAGGCCCUGCCCGCCACCAAAGGAUGACAAGGCCCCACCAGCAUUGCCAGCUGCUCAGUGGACUACAUGGACAUGGCAAGGCUACUACGACGACUCCCGCAAAGCUGCCAAGGGUUUCAUCAAGCUGGGGCUGAAGCGCUUCGAUUCCGUGAGCAUUUGGGGUUUCAACUCCCCCGAGUGGAUGCUGAGCUCCCUGGGCGCUGGCUUUGCAGGGGGGAAGGCUGCCGGGCUUUACCCGACAGACACGGCGGAGACUGCCGCCUUCAAAGUCGUGCACAGCGGCUCCAGCAUCGUGGUGGUCGAAGACAAGAGCAAGUUGGACAGGCUGGUCUCAGCGCUUACGGCUCGCAACGACCCAUCCCCCAUCAAGGUGAAGGCAGUCGUAGCGUACGGCUACGAGCCUCCCGCUGAAGCAAAGGUUGAGGUGAGUGGCCGCUGGGUGCCUGUGAUCAGUUGGGCUUCGCUCAUGGAGCUUGGCGCCAAGGAGAGUGACGAAGAAGUGGAUGCGCGAUGCAAGGAGGUGCAGCCAGGCCAUUGCGCUGCCCUCGUCUACACUUCCGGCACUACAGGGGAGCCCAAGGCGGUGAUGAUUUCGCACGACAACGUUCUCUUUGAAGCCUGCGGCGUCAUCGACAUAGGAAGUAGGCACAUGAAAUUCUGUGCCUUGAAAGAGCAAGAGCGCAUCUUGUCCUACUUGCCGCUGUCGCACAUCGCCGGGUUGAUGGUUGACAUUGCCUUUCCUAUCGCAUCGACUGCAACCACCCCGGCCCACACCACGGUCUUCUUUGCCAGACCAUAUGACCUGAAGCUGGGCAGCCUGAAGGACCGGCUUUGCGUGGCUCGGCCCACCGCCUUUCUGGGAGUGCCCAUGGUGUGGGAGAAGAUCGCAGACAAGCUCCGCGCUUUGGGCGCAUCGAACCCAGGCUGGAAGCAGUCUUUGGCGGCCUGGGCCAAGGACAAAGGCAAGGCUGCCUCAGUGGCCUGCCAGCUCGGGGGCAGUGGUGACCGGCCAUCCGGCUAUGGCCUCGCCAGUAAGCUCGUCUUCUCGAAGAUCAAGGCCAAGCUGGGCCUGGACAAGGUGAAGUUUGGCAUCACGGGGGCUGCGCCCAUCCGCGUAGACACCUUGGAGUACUUUGGGUCCAUUGGUUUGGACAUCAACGAGGUCUACGGCAUGUCCGAGAGCACGGCUGCGGCCACAGUGUCCACAAGUCUGGCACACCAGUGGGGCUCCUGCGGUUUUUCGUUGCCCGGCGUAGAGGUCAAGGCCUUCAAGGUCAAGGACGACUUGAACGACAAGACGGAAUGCCCCCGCGCUCCCGCGCUGGAUGCCAUGGACGAGUCCUUCCAGGGGGAGUUGUGCUUCCGCGGGCGCAGCAUCAUGAUGGGAUACCUGGCGCAGCCUGCCCUUGGCCCGGACCAUGUCAAGGAGAUCGAGAGCAAGACAGCUGCCACCAUCGACAAUGAGGGCUGGUUGCAUUCUGGGGACAAGGGCAUUGUCACCCAGGCGGGCAUGGUGAAGAUCACUGGGCGAUACAAGGAGCUCAUCAUCGGCUCCGGCGGUGAGAACAUUGCGCCGGUUCCAAUCGAAGAUCACAUCAAAGCAUGCUGUGAUGGAAUCAACGAGGUCAUCAUCAUUGGGGACAAGCGCAAGUACAAUGUGGCCCUAAUCACGCUCAAAGCGGUUGGCGCGAAUGGUGAGUCGAAAGGCACCGACCAGCUGGACACUCCGGCGCAAAAAGUGAACCCUUCGGUGAAGACUAUCACCGAGGCUUUGGAGGAUGAACAGUGGAUUAAGACGAUCACCACAGCCAUAAAGAAGACCAAUGACAAUGGCAAGGUUUGCCCCAACAAUGCCUUCAAGAUCCAAAAGUUCAUGAUCCUGCCUACCAACUUCUCGGAGGAAGAGGGCUUCCUGACACCUACCAAGAAAAUGAAGCGGCCCAUUGUGGAAAAGGCCUUUCUCAAGCAGAUCGACGCGAUGUACCAGUCAAGUGAUACCUACGUGCGCUACCAGCCCUGA